AUGGAGGAGAUGAAAGCUGAGAGUCAGGAAGCACACACAGAUUUUAUGAACAGGGAAUACCACAGGUUUUGUAGAUGCUUUAUCUCUACACAUUGUCUAUCUGAUAUGGUUGAUAAUAAUGUCUCUGAGACAUUUAAUGGCUAUAUAGUGAAAGCUAGGGCUAAGCACAUAAUCACCAUGUUAGAAGACAUUAGAGUUACUUUAAGGGGGAGACAGUACAAAAAGCUGGGGUUGGUGACUGAUAGUACUGAAAAACUAUGCCCAAACAUAAGAAAAAAACUUGACAAACUGAGAUAUGAUGCCAGAAUAUGCCAAGCCUAUCCUGGUUUAGGUGGCAAAUUUGAAGUAAGUUGUUAUGAUGAUAGGUUUGUGGUUCAGUUAGGUGAAAAGCAUUGUAGUUGUAGGCAGUGGGAUAUCAGUGGGAUACCUUGCAAGCAUGCCAUAGCAGCCUUGCAUUUUAUGAAUGAGGAACCCACAGAGUAUGUGCAUGAAUGCUACUCUGUGGAGAAAUACUUGAAGGCUUAUGCAUAUGGCUUAGAGCCUAUCAAUGGGGAAAAAAUGUGGCCAAAGGGUGUUGGUUAUCCAGUGCAACCUCCAUUGAUUAGGGCUAUGCCAGGAAGACCAAAAAAGAAGAGGAGAAGAGAUGUAGAUGAGAGGGAUCCAAACAACAACACAAGGCUGAAAAGAAUUGGGAUUAGGAUGACAUGUCAAAACUGCCUUCAAGUUGGUCACAAUGCAAGGUCUUGCAAAAACGAAAAAGUGGUCAGAGAAGAAGGAAAUCAGGUUGGAUUAUUAACUUAA